AUGUCGGUGUUCACGUGUCCAAACUCUCUCCUCUACAAUUACGUCACAGCCAACUGUGAUUGGCCAAAGAAUGUGCCGAAAUGCGCCUGCAGUAAUUAUCACGUCGGCAACUACAACAUCGCCCAGACCAACAUCACCUACAACAUCUCUAGCGACGCCUCCCAUUACUUCUGUAACAACACCAGCAACUACAUCUGUAACAACGUCAGCGACUACAUCUGUAACAACGCCAUCUACAACUUCUGUAACAACCUCAUCUACGACAUCCCUAACUACAUCUGCAACCACAACCCAUACUACUUCAGUUACAACAUCGCCUACCACUUCAGCUACAACAUCAGCAACUACCUCUGCUACCACAUCAACUACUACUACUUCAGCUACAACACCUGCCACAACAUCAUCAACUACGGUUACUACCUCCCCUACUACCUCAGCCACAACCCCGCCAACAACCUCAGCUACAACAUCAUUACAACAUCGCCUACCCCUUCAGCUACAACAACAGCAACUACCUCUGCUACCACAUCAACUACUACUACUUCAGCUACAACAUCUGCCACAACAUCAUCAACUACGGUUACUACCUCCCCUACUACCUCAGCUACAACCCCGCCAACAACCUCAGCUACAACAUCAGCAACUACCUCUGCUACCACAUCCCCUACUACUACCUCAGCUACAACCCCGCCAAGAACCUCAGCUACAACAUCUGCCACAACGUCAGCAACUACUACGGCUACGACCUCUCCUACUACUUCAACUACAACCCCAACAACCUCAGCUUCAACAUCUGCCACAACGUCAGCAACAACCUCUGCAACUUCUACAACUACGUCAGCUAAGCCCUCUGACGCGAUACUAAAAAAUAUCAAGUCGUGUACACAAGACGGGUGUGCAGGGAAACCACGAGGAUAUUACCCAGACUGCUCGGACCCCUGCCGGAAGUUCUACAUCUGUGGCGACGGAAACAGCAUGAGCGUGGACUGCCGCCCAUUGCUGUACAACGCUAGGAAGGGUCAGUGCGACUACAACUCCGUCAACAACUGCGAAAACUACAACCUCACCUACUACAUCAGCCACAACAUCCGUAACCACAUCACCUACUACGUCGGCAUCCACAUCGCCAACAACGUCUCCCACAACCUCGGCCACCACUUCACCUACCACAUCAGCCACAACUUCGCCAACAAUCUCGGUGACUACUUCAGUGACCACGUCUGCAACAACAUCUGCCACAACAUCGGCAACAACCUCGGCUACCACAUCAGCAACGACCUCGGCUACCACAUCAGCAACAACUACAACGACAUCUCCAACUACCUCAGCAACGACAUCCUCAACAACUUCAGCAACAACGUCUCCAACAACCUCCGCAACGACCUCCCUGACAACUUCAGCAACAACGUCCCCGACAACAUCGGCAACAACAUCCGAAACUACAUCUGUAACCACUUCAGCAACAACGUCCCCAACAACCUCAGUAACUACAUCCCAAACAACUUCAAAGACAACAUCUCCAACGACAAGUCCCACAACAUCGAUAACAACCUCACAGACAACCUCAGCAACCACCUCUCCUACAACCUCUGCCACAACCUCUGCUACAACGUCUGCCACAACAUCAGCCACAACCUCUGCAACAACCUCAGCCACAACUUCUGCAACAACGUCUGCAACUACCAGUGCUACCACGUCGCCAACAACAUCAGCUACAACAUCCGUGACGACUUCAGCAACCACGUCAGCUACUACAUCCAGGACAACAUCUGCGACCACUUCAGCGACCACCUCUGCAACAACAUCAGCUACCACAAGCGCUACUACGUCUCCCACCACAUCAAUUACAACAUCUGCUACAACAUCACCAACUACCUCUGCUACCACGUCACCUACGACUUCACCUACGACGUCUAUAACAACCUCUGCUACCACAUCACCUACAACUUCAGCAACCACGUCACCUACAACAUCAAUAACAACCUCUGCUACCACGUCACCUACGACUUCACCUACAACGUCAAUAACAACCUCUGCUACCACAUCACCUACGACUUCACCUACAACAUCUAUAACAACUUCUGCUACCACAUCACCUACGACUUCACCUACAACGUCUAUAACAACCUCUGCUACCACGUCACCUACGACUUCACCCACAACGUCAAUAACAACCUCUGCUACUACAUCAGCUACUACCUCUGCUACCACUUCACCUACGACGUCACCUACAACGUCAGUUACAACCUCUGCUACCACAUCAGCUACUACCUCUGCUACCACGUCACCUACGACUUCACCUACAACUUCAAUAACAACCUCUGCUACCACAUCAGCUACUACCUCUGCUACCACAUCACCUACGACUUCACCUACAACGUCAUUAACAACCUCUGCUACCACGUCACCUACGACUUCACCUACAACGUCAAUAACAACCUCUUCUACCACGUCACCUACGACUUCACCUACAACGUCAAUAACAACCUCUGCUACUACAUCUCCUACGACUUCACCUACCACGUCACCUACAACUUCAGCAACCACGUCACCUACGACUUCACCAACAACGUCAAUAACAACCUCUGCUACCACAUCACCUACAACCUCUGCUACCACGUCACUUACGACUUCACCAACAACGUCAAUAACAACCUCUGCAACCACAUCAGCUACUACGUCUGCUACCACAUCACCUACGACUUCACCCACAACGUCAAUAACAACCUCUGCUACCACAUCACCUACAACCUCUGCUACCACGUCACCGACGACUUCACCUACAACGUCUGUUACAACCUCUGCAACAACAUCACCUACAACUUCAGCAACCACGUCACCUACGACUUCACCUACAACGUCAAUAACAACCUCUGCAACAACAUCAGCUACUACCUCUGCAACCACGUCACCUACGACUUCACCAACAACGUCAAUAACAACCUCUGCUACCACAUCAGCUACUACCUCUGCUACCACGUCACCUACGACUUCACCUACAACGUCAAUAACAACCUCUGCUACUACGUCACCUACGACUUCACCUACCACGUCACCUACAACUUCACCUACAACGUCUAUAACAACUUCAGUAACCACGUCACCUACGACUUCACCCACAACUUCAAUAACAACCUCUGCUACCACAUCACCUACUACCUCUGCUACCACGUCACCUACGACUUCACCUACAACGUCAGUUACAACCUCUGCAACCACAUCACCUACUACCUCUGCUACCACGUCACCUACGACUUCACCAACGACGUCCAAAACUACCUCCGCCACAACGUCCGUAACAACCUCAGCAACGACGUCAAAAACAACAUCGCCGACAACAUCGGCAACAACAACGGACCCCUUCAACUGCGUGUACUCCUGUCCUGUUGGGGGUGCCACUCAGGUGUAUGCGGUCUGUAAUUCGGGUUGCUUCAUCUAUUGUGUCGACGGAAACGAGAUCAGUCGUAACUGUGCAAAUUUCAAUUUCAUGUCCUAGAAAAGCAAGACUAUAUUAUUCGCUAUAUAAAUUAGCCACAUUAAUUCAAUAACUAACCGUGUUGGAGUCAACAAUAAACUAUGGGACUUUCGGCCCUA